AUGGCGUCUACAUCUUCUGAUGCUGCUCUAGUCAACAUUACUGUUGAACUAUCUUCGCAAGGAGGUAAUAAUAAAGUUAAUCUAAACGGUAUUCCAUUGUCACUAACGGUGGGUGAGUUGAAAACAAAAUUACAAGUACCACCAAACUCACGGUUUGGACGAUUAGACCAGUUCGAAAAUUGGGAUAAUCGACGAUCACUGUCGGACUAUUUUAUCAAAAAUGGAGAACAAUUCCAGUGUGUCAUACAAUGUGUCAUAGAAGACGGACAAAGUUCUUUCGAUGAUUAUAAUGAAUGGUUAGCAGCUAACGAAGAUUGA